AUGCGCAGAGUUGGGACUCCCGCCGUCACAGACUUCAGCACCUCAAUUCGAGCUCGGAUCUAUCCUACCGUUCGAAUUACAGCUAGCAGCCCGUUCAGACUCGACGAGGCUGCCCAUAAAUCACUUUCGACUCAAGCAAAGUGUCGCCGGUCGUUCUUACCCCGCAUCCCUUACCAGAAAUCUCCUCAACUGCCUAGAGUCAGCAUGAGCAGCCAGCGUGUACCGAUCGAGCCUCAGCGCGUCGAUGCACCUCUGACUUCGUGCGCGACCUUCCUCGUCGUGACGGUCACCAAAAAGCCAGGCUCUAUUCAAACAGUGCGUUCGACACUUGCAGGUCUAGACAGUCUAGCGAAGAAUGUCUCAAUCCGAGACCUCAGUUCCCAAUUCGCCUGCACAGUGGGCAUCGGCAGUGAAAUAUGGGAUAGUCUCACAGGCCAGCCGCGCCCAUCGGAGCUUCACCCGUUCAAGGAGGUCAAGGGUGCCAAACACACAGCUGUCUCUACACCAGGCGAUCUACUCUUCCAUAUUCGCGCCGAGCGCCGAGACAUCUGCUUCGAGUUUGAAAGACAGUUGAUGGAUCAGCUUGGGGACUCUGUCGAGCUCGUGGAUGAAACAGUCGGGUUCCGCUACUUCGACGUGCGCGACCUCCUGGGUUUUGUCGACGGUACAGCCAACCCCGUCGGUCCGGCUGUUCCAGUUUCGGUUCUUGUCGCGGAGGAAGACACGUCUGUCCAGGGUGGAAGCUAUAUUGUUGUUCAAAAGUACACGCACGAUUUACCCGGAUGGAAAGAUCUUUCUACUGAACAGCAGGAGAAGGUCAUUGGCCGAACGAAGAUUGAUAAUGUCGAGCUGGACGAUGCAGAGUCUGGACAGCGCUCGCAUAAGACGCUUACUACGAUCGAGGAUGAUCAAGGGAACGAGCAUGAUAUCCUGCGUGAUAAUAUGCCGUUCGGAUCUCCUGGCUCGGGAGAGUUCGGAACCUACUUUAUCGGCUAUACGCGCCGCCUCUGGGUUAUUGAGAAGAUGAUGGAGCGCAUGUUUGUUGGAGAGCCGCCUGGGUUGCAUGAUCGCAUUCUUGACUUUUCGAAGCCAUUGACGGGCGUCACAUUCUUUGCUCCUUCGGCGAGUUUCUUAGCCAGCUUAGAUUCGGAUUGA